UAAACGUGUACAAAAUAUAUAAUAAGAUAAUGAAAUUACUCCUACAAACUGACGGGUAGAAACAUGUUCUAUAUAACAUGUUUCCGUGUAGGUACAUAAUAAUAUGAAACUAACUGCAGUGUGCAAUAUAGUGUGGAUCAACUAUUACAACAGAUACUUACAUCACUAUCAUAAAUUCUCUAUUCAUCUACAGGUUGACCAAUGGCAAACCUCACGUUAGAGAAAUUCGAAUGUGACGGCGAAACUGGAUCAGUAGGUAUACGAUGGGAGCGCUGGAAACGGAGCCUGAAUAUUUACUUGGAAGCCGCCAAAAUAGACACAGCUGCUCAGAAACGUGCAAGCUUGUUACACUUUGGAGGACCCGAGCUUCAGGAGAUAUUCUUCAAUAUACCUGGAACCGAAGACGGCGCAAGUAAAGAAGGAGACGUGUUCACGUCUGCAAUUGCUAUAUUAGAUGCUUAUUUUGCUCCUAAACAAAGCAAACGUUUUGAAAGACACAUCUUUCGACAGAUAAAGCAAAAAGAAGAUGAGAAAUUUGAAAAAUAUCUAGUAAGAUUAAGACAGCAAGCUAGCAAAUGUCAAUUUACUGAUGUAGAAGACCAUCUAAUCGACCAGAUCAUAGAAAAAUGUUAUUCAGAAGACUUACGGAAGAAGAUACUCCGAUCUGGUGACAAGAUCACCCUGAAUGACAUAGUGUCAGAAGCUAACGCGUUGGAAGCAAUACAUCGGCAACUCGAAGGAUUCGAUCGCAAGGGACAUAACCACACAACUCAAGCAGUUAAUGCUAUUGAAACAAGAAAGACAGAAAAUGAGACGCAGAAGAAGAAAGAAUGUUUCAGAUGUGGUAGCUGGAGUCACCUUGCCUACGAUGACAGAUGCCCGGCAAAAGGAAAGAAAUGUCUGCAAUGCGGGAAGAUGGGGCACUUUAAGGCACAUUGUAAAACCAACCCAUUGAAGAGGAAAUUCGAGGAAAAGACAAAACAAGAUAAAAGCAGGCAAGAUGCAAAGAAAUUUAAAAGAUCAGAUAAAGAAGUAAGAAAUAUAGAAGAAUACGAAGGAAAACAUUCGGGGGAUGACACUGUCGAUUACGUGUUUAACAUUGACGAUGAUGCAGUAGUUACCUGUAAAGUAGGCGGAGCAGAAGUAAACAUGUUGAUUGAUUCUGGAUGCAAACACAACUUAAUUACGGAUAAGACAUGGACAGAAUUGAAGAAAAAGAAAGUAAAGGUUACAGACCAGAUACCAAGGCCCGAAAAGACUUUUUUAGCAUAUGGGAGUAAGACUCCACUGAAGUUAUUGGGGUCUUUUCGGUCUGAAAUUGAAAAAGCAAACAAAAGCAAGAACACCAUCUUCUACGUGGUAGAUGGAGGAACCCGCGAUCUUUUAGGAAAGCAAACAGCCAUUGAAUUAGGGGUGCUGAAAAUUGGACUACAAGUCAACCAAAUAGGAGAGCAGAGUUUCCCAAAAUUUAAAGAUGUGCUGGUGCAAAUUCCAAUAGAUAAGCAAGUGACUCCGAUUGCACAGCCUCAUAGAAGAAUCCCUAUUCCCCUAGAAGAGAAAGUGAAUGCAAAGAUAGAGGAACUUCUUAAAAAAGAUAUUAUAGAGAAAGUCAAUGGGCCUUCGAGUUGGAUAUCUCCUAUUGUCCCAAUACUAAAAGAGAGUGGAGAUAUUCGCCUUUGUGUAGAUAUGCGACGCGCAAAUUCAGCGAUAUUGCGGGAAAAUCAUCCUCUCCCUACAAUUGACUGUUUAUUACCAAAGGUACAUAAGGCGAAAGUAUUUAGCGAACUGGACAUACAAGACGCAUUCCAUCAGGUUGAAAUACACCCAAAUUCGAGACAUAUAACCACAUUCAUUUCGAGCAAGGGCUUUUACCGUUACAAGAGGCUAAUGAUUGGUAUCACUUGUGCACCUGAAAUAUUCCAAAAAACGCUGGAACGAGUACUAAUAGAGUGCGAAGGAGUGAUAAAUUUCAUAGAUGAUAUUUUAAUCUAUGGAGAGACACGAGACGAGAUCAACAUGAUCAGACACUGAAAAAAGUGAUGGAUGCUUUAGACAAGAACAAUGUUGCGCUGCGAAAAGAAAAGUGUAUCUUUAAUACGGAUAAAGUUCACUUUUUAGGUCAUGAGCUUACUGAACAAGGUGUUCGACCUCUGGAUAAAUAUCUGGA